UCAAUUCCAGCCAGAAUGCUGUGGCAGGCGCUUUGCAGAUUUGGUCAAAAGCUGGUACGCAGACGUACACUGGAGCCAGGCAUGGCUGAGACUCGCCUUGCUAGAUGCCUGACCACUCUGGAUUUAGUGGCCCUAGGUGUGGGCAGCACAUUGGGUGCAGGCGUGUAUGUCCUGGCUGGCGAGGUGGCCAAAGAUAAAGCAGGACCAUCCAUUGUGAUCUGCUUUUUGGUGGCCGCCCUAUCUUCUAUGUUGGCUGGGCUGUGCUAUGCGGAGUUUGGUGCUCGGGUUCCCCGUUCUGGUUCUGCGUAUCUCUACAGCUAUGUCACUGUGGGUGAACUCUGGGCCUUCACCACUGGCUGGAACCUCAUCCUCUCCUAUGUCAUCGGUACAGCCAGUGUGGCCCGGGCCUGGAGCUCAGCUUUUGACAACCUGAUUGGGAACCACAUCUCUCAGACCCUGCAGGGGAGCAUCUCACUGCACGUUCCCCAUGUCCUCGCAGAAUAUCCAGACUUUUUUGCUAUGGGCCUUGUGUUGUUGCUCACCGGAUUGCUGGCUCUGGGGGCUAGUGAGUCAGCCCUGGUUACCAAAGUGUUCACGGUGGUGAAUCUUUUGGUUCUCGGUUUUGUCAUCAUCUCUGGCUUCAUUAAGGGAGAUCUGCACAACUGGAAGCUCACAGAAGAGGACUACAAACUGGCCGUGGCUGGACUCAAUGACACCUAUAGCUUGGGCCCUCUGGGCUCUGGAGGGUUUGUGCCUUUCGGCUUCGAGGGGAUUCUCCGUGGAGCAGCGACCUGUUUCUAUGCAUUUGUUGGUUUCGACUGUAUUGCUACCACUGGGGAAGAGGCCCAGAAUCCCCAGCGUUCCAUCCCCACAGGCAUUGUGAUUUCACUCUUCGUCUGCUUUUUGGCCUAUUUUGGUGUCUCUUCGGCACUCACACUCAUGAUGCCUUACUACCAGCUUCAACCCGAGAGCCCCUUGCCUGAGGCCUUUCUCUAUACUGGAUGGGACCCUGCCCGCUAUGUUGUAGCCAUCGGAUCCCUCUGUGCUCUUUCUACCAGCCUCUUGGGCUCUAUGUUCCCCAUGCCUCGGGUGAUCUACGCGAUGGCAGAGGAUGGCCUCCUGUUUCGUGUCCUUGCCCGGAUCUACACCGGCACACACACCCCCAUUGUGGCCACUGUGGUCUCUGGCAUUAUCGCAGCAUUCAUGGCAUUCCUCUUUGAACUCACUGAUCUGGUGGACCUCAUGUCAAUUGGGACCCUGCUUGCUUACUCCCUGGUGGCUAUUUGUGUUCUCAUCCUCAGGUAUCAGCCUGACCAGGAGAUGAGGAAUGAGGAAGGUGAAGUGGAGUUGCAGGAGGAGAAGAUCCAUGAAGCAGAGAAGCUGACCCUACAGGGACUAUUUUGUCCACUCAACUCCAUCCCCACUCCACUCUCUGGCCAAGUUGUCUAUGUUUGUUCCUCACUACUUGCUCUACUGCUGAGUGUCCUUUGCCUGGUGCUGGCCCAGUGGUCCACUCCACUGCUUUCUGGAGACCCAGUGUGGAUUGCAGUGUUUGUGCUGCUCCUGAUGCUCAUUACUGGGAUCACUGGAGUCAUCUGGAGACAGCCACAGAGCUCCACUCCACUUCACUUUAAGGUACCUGCUUUGCCUCUCCUCCCACUAAUGAGCAUCUUUGUGAAUAUUUACCUUAUGAUGCAGAUGACAGCUGGUACCUGGGCCCGAUUUGGGGUCUGGAUGCUGAUUGGGUUUGCUAUCUACUUCGGCUAUGGGAUGCAGCACAGCCUGGAAGAGGUUAAGAGUGACCAACCCCCACUCAAGUCUAGGGCCAAAACUGUAGACCUGGAUCUCAGCAGUGCCUGUACACAUUCGAUUUGACAUCAUCACACCUGAAUGCUGUCUGUUCUCCCCGCACAAUAAUGGAGAGUACUCCUGACCACACAGAGAGCUAGGCUUCCCAUGGGAUGUUGGUGGGGCAACACAGAUAGAGCUCUGUAUUUAUUAUGGAG